ACAAACAGUCGCACUCAGAUUACAACGAAAAGAGUAAAUGGAUUGUUCCGGAACAGUGGAACUAGAAGGAGUCCAAAAUAAACAAUAGCGAAAAGGAAAAUGUUGAGAAAGAUAAAAAAGUAGAUGCGAAGGUAGAAGUUGAACUAAAAGAUGCGCAAGUUUGCUUGAGAACGAAGAUCAGACAGCCUGAUCGUAGACAAUUAAGGUGUCUCAUUUUCGUUGACAUGUUUCAAACUGAUCAAUGAGCAGUAUUAAAGAAAACUAUAGUCGAUGUAAUUUAGUCACACAAAUAAAAAAUUCCGAACCCUUUUUAAAAAAUUUUAAUAUAAUUUGUUUGAUAAUGAUUUGACCAAGUACUAUGCCAAUAAAUCAUUCGAUGAGUGAUCAAACCUAAGGAGGUGUGAUCUUCCGUUAUUGCGUGGGAUUCACGACAGACGCGGAAUCCCCGCAGUUCAGAUACGAAACGAGCCCCCAGCCACAGUACGAGCUGGACAGUAAUUAUUUAUUCAUUUGCAAGAGAUCCUAUUCAUCGCGAAUACGGGGAUUUACCGCCAGCAUGGUUGGAAAAAAUUGACGAUCAAGAUUGGCACGCAGCAUCCACUCAUGGAACGAUGAAUGCAUAUCGUAUUUGUUUUUUUUUCUUGCGCGCAAACCGCAUAUGGCACUUGCCGGGGAGUUUGAGCGAAUGAGCUGUUUGGCGUAUAAUUGGAUCGACUCUCGCCGCAAACCGCUCAGUGAUUAGAGAAGGCUGCAGCUAACUGGUUCUUGCUAGUGAGUUCUGUUUACUCGCUAACAAUUUGUCGAAUUGAGUGAUUCAAAAGUUAGUUGUAGUAGGUCCACAAUAUGACUCGAUCUCAUUACGUUACAUUCAGCAUACUGCACGUGCUAGUCGUGGUCGUCGUCUCAGUGACAGCCGCUAAACAGUGCAGUUCGGUGAAAGACACGUGCGUUCCGAUUAAGUUUUGUCCUCGCAUCUACGAUGCGAUCAUGUCCAGUGAAGUUUACAGGAAUGCUACCCUGCAUCGGGACAUCAGAGCCAGAGCGUGUUUCGAUCCGGAUCACGAUGAAGAGCAACGUGUCUGCUGUGAGCCCGCCGAUCUCAGCCUGGGAAAGCAGUGUAGUAAUUCCCUGAACAUUACGGGCAGGUGUGUCCAGGCGGAACAUUGCAAACCUAUCGCGAACUAUUUGAGGCGAGGUCGCCGUAGUACCGUGAUCGAGAAGGAACUACGUGACAGCUUGUGUUACCAGGAUGGCAGCAAGGACUACUACUGCUGUCCGGAGGGAUCCAUCAUGGAGACACCGACCAAGAAGCAACGAACUAAAAAUACCCACAUGAUGGUGGAUAAUGAUUUCCCUACUUGCCGCGACGCCGUCGGUAAGCCGGGCUUAUGUGUCCCCGUACAGCACUGUGAUCGGAUUCAUAAUGCCUUUCUGGAUUCCACCAUUCGACAGGAUGGAAAAUUGGCCGAGUUUGUUAAUGCUAGUCGUUGUCAGGCAGACGCUAGGGACAGUACUGCGAUAUGUUGUGCGAAGCGAUCGGGUGGGACAAAAUCUGCGACCUUCAUCCGACAUGCCAAAGCGGCGAAGCUUGGUCUUAAUAACUGCGGAACGGUUCGAAUAUUUGAUAAAAUUCUUAAGGGCAACGAAGCGGCCCUCGGACAGUACCCUUGGAUGGCGAAUCUGAUGUACAGCUGGAAAGGGACCAUACGGAGUCUUUGCAGUGGGUCGUUGAUUCACCCGCGGUAUGUCCUCACGGCGGCUCACUGUAUGAAAGGUAGCACAAGACCGAAGGCUGUCCGCUUGGGAGAAUACGAUUUAGCGCACAAUCCGGAUUGUUCGGGAAACGUUUGCGCCCAACCUGUGAAAGAGUAUGAAAUCGAGAAACUAAUACCGAACGAGAACUUUAACGGAUUCAACGCAGAUUACGACAUCGCUUUGGUCAGAUUGGCCUCAUCGGUUGCCCUUUCGGUGGACCAAAUUUAUCCGAUUUGCCUUCCGUUGACCGAGAAUUUAUUGAUGCUGAAACCUAACAAGCUAACCGUGACCGGUUGGGGUUUGACGGAGAAACAGGAACUUUCCUCGGUGCUACUAGAGGCGGACCUGCGCAUAACCAAACGGAUGUCCUUGUGCGAGGGUGAGCGAACAUUUUGCACUAGAGGAAAAGAGCUGGAGGGGCAUUGCCGUGGGGAUUCUGGUGGACCGUAUCAGACCAUGGUUGCAACCGGGGACAGCUACAAGUAUGUCCUGUUCGGUAUAAUUUCUGGCGGUUCUGGGCAAUGUAGUGUUAAGGACAAACUACCGGGAGUCGGAGUGAUGGUCGGAUUUCAUCUCUACUGGAUUCUUGAUCACAUGGACAUCUAGGGCUGAUCGGAGGAUAGAACACGCGAAAAACUUGCACAAACUCGAAUGUGAGAAGGUGAACAUGGGCAAUUAUUCACCAGCUUUGGGCAUUAUAUACUUAUGUCUAGGUAGUGCUUUCAUACAAAGAUAUUCGUAAGAACCGAAUCGGGUAAACGAAACACAUUGAGUGUGUAAGUCCAGCGAACCACAUUCUUCGCCAUAGUGCCAACAAUGGUUAAAAUAGAUGCCGGCGAACGGUACUUUGUUUGCAGGGUUUGUUGCGACCGUGCUUACUAUUAUUAUUUGUUACUGUUUUACUAACUGUCAUCACUGUUUG